UCAAUGUCUGAACCGGGUCUGAGAAGCCUGGGAGAGAGCCACUAAUGAAAAACCUCUUAAGCCUAAAACCCUAGCAUCCAAACUUAUACUCACUUCACUGAAUUCCCCGCAAUAGCCGCUCCAACACUGCUGCUCUCUUCAGGUUUUGUGAAUUUCUUGUCAUCAUGUCUUUGCUCCAAGUGAUCACAAAGGCCUCGGCUGAUUCUGACCAUGUUGUCUCCCAAUCUGAAUACCCAAUAAUUUUAAACACAGAUGAUAUUUUCUCCAAUCUGAAGCCAGCACUUGAGAACCUGGAUGCCACAUCACUUGCCAAUCCUGUUACUGGAUGGCAACUCUCACAAUCUGAUUCCCAACUCAUUGAUUCUGGAAAGAAAUUCUACACUAAGCUAAAGCGGAAGCUCAAGGAUCACAGUAAUUUUAACAAGGAUGGCUUCUUUGAAAUUCUUAUUCCAUUUCUUGAGAAAAUUGGGCACAAGGCUGGUAUUGCAGUGGGGAUUGAUUCCUCUGAUGCUGCUUAUACUCGUGUGUUGAUUGAGAAGGUUGGUUUUUCGAUGGGUAGAGAUGUGGCUGGUUUGGUUAUGAAAGCGUGUAUUAGUUUGGAGAUCUGGGAUUUGGUGGAGACUUUGAUUGUUAAUCGGAUUGUGGAUCACUCUUCAUAUUCGGAUUUGGUCAUGAGUCUUGUGAUGAAAAAAAGGUCUGACUUGCUUUCCCUGACCAUUCAAUACGCUUCGGAUUUUGGAUUGUCUGAGUUGCUUUCCAUUUUGAAAUAUUUUCUUUGUCCUUCGAAGGAUGCUUACAGUUGCAUGGUGAAUGUGAGGAAGGAAUGGGAGAGCCAGGCACUGUUAGCUAUUGAGAUGGCAACCGAUAAGAAUCUAUCGGAAAAGAAAUCACAAAUAGCCAAAGAUGCUUCAAUAUUGCUUAUGCUUGCACAUGAUGGGUUCUUAACAUCUGAGCUUUGUUUGCAUUAUUUAUUGGCAUCGCCAAUUGUUGAUGAAGCGAUAUUGACAUCUGCAAUUAGUAAACUGAAUGGUAAAGAGAUGAUGAGUUUGAUUAGGUAUUUGGGGAAAUGGCUCAGGAAGUAUGAGAUGUUUCCUCAGGCAGGUCCCUGUCCAAAGGCUUCAUCUGCAUUGGGUCUAAAGGCCUGUGAUUGGGUUCCUAAACUUGAAGAUAUUGUCAGAUGUCUUGGUUUAGUGCUGGAUGAAAACUUCUCCUCACUGGUGUUGCAUCCUGGCUUCCAUGAAGAACUGAAUUCUAUUGGGGGAUUUGCUGCUUCUCUAGCCUCAGAAGCUAAACUCAGUUGCACUGUAGCAAAUGUCAUUGAGAAUUUGAGAACCCAAAGUAAAGGUGAGCAGAUUUAGGAACUUGGUAAAACGAUUACUGUUCUACAAUCGAUGUAAUUUCGCCUUCAUUUUGGAUUUAAGCGGGGUUAAUACUAACGUCUCUUGUAUUUUUAUGAUUUUGGGACCAAAAUUUUGUCUUCGGUGUUUAUCAUCUUCUGGUAGACAGAGCAGCUAGUGAUUGCCUUGAACAGCUUAAAUCAAAUUUUUUGUGUUACCCUGUUUGCGAAUUUCUGUGUGGUCAAUUCGUGGCUCACCUAUUUCAGAUGGGUGACAAAAUGUGGGCAUGUAUUAGCUCAUAAGAUGAAUGUAAAAUUUUAGUUUGCCCA